UAAAAAUAUAUCUAAACAAACUUAUUUUUGUUUAAAUUUUAAUUAAAAAAUUAAGUGAACAAAAAAAAAACAGCAAAAAUGGUGUCUAUAGAAACGAUUGGUUCAAUUUUCAUCAAGGGAAUGAAGUUGAUCAUAAAUUUGGUUAUCUUGAUUUUAUACUGCAUCGGUAAUGGUGGCACAUUUUUGGGUGUCGGUGGCACAUGGAAUCUGAAUGAGGAGAAGAGUGCUGGUUGUGAAAUAGUCGCUUCUGGUGUAAUCGUAGGCUAUCUCGUUUACACCUGUGUACAUACUGUAGCCUUCUUCUUUGGUACUACUAAACAUAACCGUGAACUCUCCGACACUAUAAUGAAUGUGGUUGGUACUUGUUUAUGGAUAUUUGUUGGUGGCGUUGCUCUACACUACUGGAAUGGUUAUAUGUCAGAUGAAGAUUUCUUAUAUGUCAAUUCAGAACGACAAGUGGGUAUUGCUUUGGGUGCGCUCUGUGUAAUUGAGGGUGCUUUGUAUCUUGGCGAUACUGUUGUGGCUUGUAUCCACUUCUCUAAAGGCGAUACUGAAUACACUCAACAAUUUAAGUAAUUCCGUACGAAAAUAGUUCUUGCAAGGACUACUUGCCAAACAACGAAUAAAUAAUACAUUUAUUAAUAACACAUUAUUUUAGUUCAAAUUAGUUUAUAACGUUUAUACAUUUUUUUUCUAAAGUUUUUAAAAUUUCUAUUAAAAGCUGCAGUUUACUUCAGCCCCAACGUACAUUAUGACAAAUAUAUAAAAAUAGACCAGCAUAAUUUUAAUAUCAAUAGUUA